CUCCUCUCUCUAUCAUUCUCUUCCUUGCUUAAUUGCUUCUUCCAUUGUUAUCGAUUUUGAAAUUAGAGAUGGGUCUCCAAGUGUUUGACAUAAUGCUUGUGUGGCUGACGUUGCUUAACCUCUGCUUCUUUCCCAAUAAAGCAUCAGCACUUCAACAAAAUUAUUACGCCAAAACCUGUCCCAAUGUAGAAAGCAUCGUUAGAGGUGCGGUCACUCAGAAGUUUAAGGAGACUUUCGUCACCGUCCCUGGAACCCUCCGUCUCUUCUUCCACGAUUGUUUUGUCCAGGGAUGCGAUGCUUCGGUUAUAAUUGCGUCUACAUCAAGCAACACAGCGGAGAAAGAUAAUCCCAUUAACCUUUCCCUUGCCGGAGAUGGUUUUGACACCGUAAUUAAGGCUAAAGCUGCCGUGGAUAAAACCUCUGGUUGUACCAAUAAGGUUUCCUGUGCUGAUAUCCUCGCCAUGGCUGCUCGAGAUGUCGUUGCUCUGGCUGGCGGGCCAUCUUAUGCAGUUGAAUUGGGAAGAUUGGAUGGGUUGAGCUCUACCUCUUCAAGUGUCAGUGGAAACUUGCCUCUCCCAACCUUCAAUUUGAACCAGCUCACUUCCUUGUUCUCUUCUAAUGGUCUCUCCCAACAAGACAUGAUCGCUCUCUCAGCGGCGCACACGGUUGGAUUUUCUCACUGUAACCAGUUUUCAAAUCGAAUAUAUAACUACACAGCAAAGACGAAGGUGGACCCUACGAUCAAUACAACGUAUGUGGGGGAGCUACAAUCGAUGUGUCCGACGAAUGUGGACCCUACGAUAGCCAUUAAUAUGGACCCCAUCACUCCAAGGAAGUUUGACAACGUGUACUAUCAGGACCUCCAGCAAGGGAAGGGAUUGUUCAGCUCAGAUCAGAUCCUCUACUCGGAUAGCAGGUCUAGGUCCACCGUCAACCUCUGGGCUUCCAACUCUGCGGCCUUCGAGAAAGCCUUCGUUGCUGCCAUGACAAAGCUUGGCCGGGUCGGAGUCAAGACUGGCUCUCAGGGCAACAUCCGUCGUGACUGUUCUGUCUUCAACUCUUAGA